UCCAUAAAAAUCUCUCCUUUUCUUUCUUGGCAUUAACUCUCUUUUAUCCCUUCUAGUACACUAAAGAAGGUGAACCCACAAAAAGUUGUCUCAACUCUUAGCUAAGACUAGAAAGAAAGGGUGAAGAGAGGAGAGAAAAAGCAAAAUGGGGAGAGGGAGAGUUGAGUUGAAGAGAAUAGAAAACAAAAUCAACAGGCAGGUUACAUUUGCAAAGAGAAGAAAUGGGUUGCUCAAGAAAGCCUAUGAGCUCUCAGUUCUCUGUGAUGCUGAGGUUGCUCUUAUCAUUUUCUCUAACCGUGGCAAGCUCUAUGAGUUUUGUAGCAGCUCUAGCAUGAUGAAAACACUUGAAAAAUACCAGAAGUGCAGUUUUAAUGCACCGGACAACAGCCGAUCAAUCAGUGAGACACAGAGCAAUUAUCAGGAAUAUUUGAAGCUAAAAGCAAGAGUUGAGGUCCUACAACGAUCUCAGAGAAACCUUCUUGGUGAAGACUUGGGUCCAUUGGACUCAAAGGAGCUUGAGCAGCUGGAAAAUCAACUGGAGACAUCCUUGAAGCAAAUAAGAACAACAAAGACUCAGGCCAUGCUUGAUCAGCUCGGUGAUCUUCAAAACAGGGAACAAAUGCUAGUUGAAGCCAACAAAUCCUUGGGAAGGAAGUUGGAGGAAUUGAGCGCACAAGUUCCACUUCGUCUAGCAUGGGAAAUUGGAGGGACAAACGCUCCAUACAAUCAACUCCCAGCUCAAUCAGAGGGAUUUUUCCAGCCUCUAGGGGGCAAUUCCUCUUUGCAAAUUGGAUAUAAUCCUGUUGUUUCAGAUGAAAUGAAUGUUGUAGGGCAUAACCAAAAUGUCAGUGGAUUCUUUCCUGGAUGGAUGCUCUGAUUUUAAAACCCUCACAUAUCAGUUUGGUGAUUUACUGGUAGAAACAUUGACCAGCUAUUGCUACUUUUAUUUUUCCUUCUGUGGCUGCUUUUAUCUGUUUUUAUGCAACUUGUAAUUAUUAUGUUUUUAUGAAAGACCAUAAACAUAUAUAUGAUUCUAAGUUGUAAUGACAUA